GUGUCUACCCCGACACAUUCCCGAGAAAAAAUAAUCUUCUUGCAGUUCCAGCCACCUUAUCUCUGCUUCCCCCAUCCUCUUAUCUGUGUCUCUCUUUAUGUUCUCCUCUUGAAAAAACCAAGUUCUUGGUUUUUCUCAAGGGACUUAAGAGAGAUAUGGAGGCUGUUCUAAAGACCAAAGGGCUUCUUUCUCUUACCCCGAACCCAAAAGCCAGGGUUUUACCCCUGUCACAGGGCUUAAAGCAUAGACUUUUCACCCGAAAUCCUAAAUCUUUUGGUGGGUUUUGUCUAUCCUCAAAUGGGUUCCAGAAAUUCAAUGGGUUUGUCUCAAAAACUCAUGGGUUUGGUCAAAAAGAGAGAAACUUGUUUAUCUGCAGGGCUGAGGCUGCAGCAGCAGCUGAUGGUCAGCCACUAUUCGGUGAAGCCGAAAUUGAGAAGCCAAAGAUUUUGGGUAUGGAGGUUACGACGCUGAAGAAGAUUAUACCACUCGGGUUGAUGUUCUUUUGUAUUCUUUUCAACUAUACGAUACUCAGAGACACAAAAGAUGUAUUGGUUGUGACAGCCAAAGGGAGUAGUGCGGAGAUUAUUCCCUUUCUAAAAACUUGGGUGAACUUGCCUAUGGCUAUUGGGUUCAUGUUGUUGUACACCAAACUGGCUAAUGUGUUGUCUAAGCAGGCUCUCUUCUAUACCGUUAUUUUGCCUUUCAUAGGCUUCUUCGGGGCAUUCGGAUUUUUCAUGUAUCCUCUUAGCAAUUAUAUCCACCCUGAGGCGUUCGCUGACAAGCUUCUCAACACACUUGGCCCCAGGUUCCUUGGCCCCCUUGCUAUAAUGAGGAUCUGGAGCUUCUGUUUGUUCUAUGUCAUGGCUGAACUUUGGGGUAGUGUGGUGAUUUCAGUUUUGUUUUGGGGGUUUGCCAAUCAGAUAACUACUGUUGAGGAAGCCAAGAGAUUUUAUCCUCUGUUUGGUCUUGGGGCAAAUGUUGCUCUUAUAUUCUCAGGUCGAACAGUGAAGUACUUCUCAAAUUUGAGGAAAAACUUGGGUCCUGGUGUUGAUGGUUGGGCCAUUUCCCUUAAAGGAAUGAUGAGCAUUGUGGUGUUGAUGGGGUUUGCCAUUUGUUUCCUCUACUGGUGGGUGAAUAAUUAUGUUCCUCUUCCAACCCGUAGUAAGAAGAAGAAGGAGAAGCCCAAAAUGGGGACAAUGGAGAGCUUGAAAUUCUUGGUUUCUUCAAGAUACAUUAGGGAUCUUGCCACUUUGGUGGUUGCAUAUGGUAUUAGCAUCAACCUUGUUGAGGUUACAUGGAAAUCUAAGCUCAAAGCUCAGUUUCCAAGCCCAAAUGAGUAUUCUUCCUUUAUGGGUGACUUCUCAACUGCCACUGGAAUAGCAACUUUCACGAUGAUGCUGCUGAGCCAAUUCAUAUUUGACAAAUACGGUUGGGGAGCUGCUGCCAAGAUCACGCCCACGGUCCUGCUUCUGACAGGAGUUGGUUUCUUUUCUCUGAUAUUAUUUGGGGAUCCUCUUGGACCUUCUCUUGCAAAGUUCGGGAUUACUCCUCUUCUUGCAGCUGUAUAUGUUGGUGCCAUGCAAAACAUAUUCAGCAAGAGUGCCAAGUACAGCUUAUUUGACCCUUGCAAGGAGAUGGCCUAUAUUCCCUUGGAUGAGGAAACUAAGGUUAAAGGGAAGGCAGCCAUUGAUGUUGUCUGCAACCCAUUGGGGAAGUCUGGCGGUGCUCUGAUUCAGCAGUUUAUGAUCUUGUCCUUUGGUUCACUUGCAAAUUCAACUCCUUACCUUGGAGGAAUACUCUUGGUGAUUGUUCUUGCGUGGUUAGCAGCAGCCAAAUCUCUGGAUACCCAGUUUACCGCAUUGCGAAGGGAGGAAGAGCUUGAGAAGGAGAUGGAAAGAGCAGCUGUCAAGAUCCCAGUUGUGGCUGAAAACGCAACUGGGAAUGGCUCUCUUGCUAGCGGCUCAGCACUGAAUCCAAUGGCCGGUGACACCACAAACAGUUCAUCUGAAACCUCAGCUCCCCAAAAUAUUUAAUAAUUUUCUCCCAUCAUGUUGCUUAAUAGGAAGAAUGGUGGAGCAGAUGAGCAGUAGUGGGUGAGAUAUUUGGUUAUAGAAUUUUAUCUACCUAUAAAAUAAGUAUGCCAUUGCUACUUGCUGUUUUUGAAGUCCAGUUUUCAAUUUAUAAUUAGCUUACAUUCUGUUUAGUCUUUAAGUUUCUGUACUUACAAAAUUUCUUUGGAACCAUACUGAUGAGAGUUUCUUUCUUUUUACUUUUACAAUAAUUUCUGCUGCAAAUGUUGCAUGUAUGAU